AUGACCCAAUACCUUCCGUAUGGUGAAUUUAAAUGGGUCGAGCCAUCGCUAAAUGGUUUGAAUGACUUGAACGAUACUUCCGAAAUAGGCCGUAUAUAUGAAGUGGAUAUAUCAUAUCCUCAACAUUUGCAUGAUGAACAUAAUGACUUGCCGUUUUUGCCCUAUAACCACAAGGAUAUACCACAAGGAUCAAAAGUACAAAAAUUAAUGGCUACGUUAGAAUUAAAAGAAAAAUAUAUUAUCCACUACAGAAAUCUUCAACAAGCUAUUGCCAACGGUCUAAUUGUUGAAAAAGUUCAUAGAGUAUUACAAUUUAAACAAUCACCAUGGAUGGUAAAUUACAUUAAUUUAAAUACAGAAAAAAGAAAAAAUGCGACAAAUGAAUUCGAAAAAGACUUUUACAAAUUAUUAAAUAAUGCAGUAUUUGGAAAAACAAUGGAGUCGAUGAGGAAGAAAAUCAAAAUGGUGUUGGUAUCAUCUGAGCAAAGGAUACGAAAACUGAUAAAUCGUACUACAUUUAAAUAUUGUACCAACUAUGAUAAUAAAAAUUUAUCAGCCGUAACAUUAGAAAACAAAAUAGUACAUUUUUGUAAACCGAUUUAUAUAGGAUUCGCUGUACUUGAAAUCUCAAAAACACUUAUGUAUGACUAUCAUUACAAUGUAAUGAAGAGUCACUACAAGGAAGCUAUCAAUUUGAUGUAUACAGAUACAGAUUCAUUGGUUUAUUAUAUUAAAACAGAUGACUUUUAUAAUGACUUGCAAACUAAUCCAAACUUACUGAAUCGUAUGGAUACUUCCAACCUACCACGUGAUCACUCCUGUUUCAUUGCUGAAAGAAAGAAAAUACCUGGGUUGUUUUCAGAUGAAUCAAAUGGACAGACUAUUCAUGAAUUUAUUGCGCUAAGGGCAAAGUCCUAUGCCUACAUAAUCGAUGGACAGGAAAAAAUCAAAGCGAAAGGCAUCAGAAAACAUGUUGUUAAGAAACACAUGACAUUUGAACAUCAUAAAAAAUGUUUGUUCGGUGAGCCCGAGUUGGAUUUAUACAGAGAAAAUAUAUCAAUUCGAUCGGUCAAACAUAAAAUAUCUACGAUAAAUACCAAGAAACUAACAUUCAAUCGUUUUGAUGAUAAAAGAUUCGUUAUGCGAGAUCAGAUUCAUACUUUAGCACACGGCCACUACCGGAUUCAGUGA